AUGCAUACAUACCGGGAGGGAGAAGAAUUUAACAUGGACACUGUUGGGACGAAACCCAACACAUCCCAUGACGACAAUGCCACACAGCAUACUCGCCGUGUGAUGUUUGCCGAUGAGGUGGAGGCUCGUCUCCAGAGCAAAAAUAAUCAUCACAGCAACGGUGAGGACGACGGAUGCACACAACAGCACGUGGAGACCGCCACACAUGCCGCAGUGGGCCAUCCGCCAGCAGGGGGAGAGACGCAGUGCGGGAAAAACGAGCAGAAGGGCCGAAAGGGCAAAAACAACCGACGUCAGCGCAGGCACGGCGGCCAUGCAAAAGCGACAGCGGCGUUAGUGGAGGCGAUUGAGCUUGACGAGGAACUCGAGGAGAACUCCAAUCAACUCCUUGACGACUACGCCAUGCUGCUGGCAGCGGAUGAGAAAGCCAAGCGGCUUUCCGUGGAGGUGCAGCAGCUGCGGGAGCAGGAGGAGGUGUACAAGACACACCGCGCCCUGAAGACGAUGCGGCUCAACCAGGCCGUGGCGGAGCAGCCAAGGCGCCACGAAAAUACGGAAAGCGGCUCCAGCAGGGACAACCACCGCGCGGGGACAACUGACGUGGCGUGCGGGGACAGCACCCCGCUGGUGGAGCGGCCGCCACCGCCGCCGGCUGAUGAGCGCGACGCAAAUAUUUCUAAAGCCCCGCCGGCAGCGAGUGGAUUCUCCAAGUGGGCCACGACACUUUUGGCGGCACUCACAAAAUACGGCACCGCGUGUCGUCAUCAUGUGUGGAAGCUACUUUUUUUUUUCGUCCUCGUGUUUGGCCGGAGACUUCUGCUUCGGUCAUCCCCGUCGGCAUGCAUUCCCGCACGGCAUCCAUCUGCGCCUGUGUGA